CCGCAAAUAAACAUUACAACUGAGUUCCGCAGCUUCCGCGCUGAAAGUGAAAACCUUCAGCCGUCAAAUAGAUAUAGUGACACCGCUUACCGGAAUCGUUAACCACUUCAGAAACCGAGCUAUUAAACUGCUGAUUAUUGUUGGUUACGGCAGCACUGGCGGCAUUGCCGACCAAGACCCUUCCCCAGUCCCUGUCCCCUGUCUUGCCUUCACUUUGAGGUUUGUCCCUUCAACCUGCCAUCCUCGCCGCAGACUUGCAGGGAGAAAACCAUGGUGGAUGUAACCAAGUGGCCCAUUUUCAGCCUGAUGGGGCCCGAGGAACUCUCCUCGAUACGGAAGGCUUGUGUGUUUGGCUCGUCUGCUAACGAGGCCAUUUACAUCACCAGUGAUGAUGAGGUGUAUGUGUUUGGGCUGAACUGCAGUAGCUGCCUGGGGACAGGGGACAGCCAGAGCACAAUUGUACCUAAGAAGCUGGACUUCUUGAGUGGUAGAAGGGUGGUGAGCCUGAGCUAUGGUAGUGGACCCCACAUCCUGAUGGCCACAGAAGAUGGAGAGCUAUUUGCUUGGGGCCAUAAUGGUUACAGCCAACUUGGAAAUGGGACAACCAAUCAAGGAGUGGCUCCAGUGAUCGUGUCAGCCAACUUGCUCAAUAAGAAGGUCACAGAGGUGGCUUGUGGCUCUCACCACUCCAUGGCUUUGACGGACUCAGGAGAAGUGUAUGCAUGGGGGUAUAAUAACUGUGGUCAGGUGGGUUCAGGCUCCACAGCGAACCAGCCCACGCCACGCAGAGUGUCCAGCUGCCUGCAGAACAAGGUGGUGGUCAGUAUCGUCUGCGGUCAGACCUCAUCUCUGGCAGUAGUGGACAACGGAGAGGUAUACGGUUGGGGUUACAACGGUAAUGGACAACUUGGUCUUGGAAAUAAUGGGAACCAGCUCACUCCUUGUCGACUUGUUGCUCUGCAAGGUUUAUGUGUACAACAGAUUGUCUCUGGCUAUGCCCACUCCCUUGCACUAACAGAUGAAGGGGUUCUUUAUGCUUGGGGUGCCAACACGUACGGACAGCUGGGCACGGGCAACAAAAGCAACCAGCUGAGCCCAGUUCAGAUUAUGACUGAGAAGGAGAGAAUUGUAGAGAUUGCUGCGUGUCACUCCACACACACAUCAGCUGCUAAGACCCAGAGUGGUCAGGUGUACAUGUGGGGCCAAUGCAGGGGCCAGUCCAUAGUGUUGCCUCACCUCACACACUUUUCCUGCACAGACGAUGUCUUUGCAUGUUUUGCCACGCCCUCAGUUAUGUGGCGACUUCUUUCCAUGGAGUAUGAUGACUUCUUGACUGUAGCUCAGUCUCUGAAGAAGGAGUUUGACAACCCAGAGACAGCCGACCUCAAAUUCUGUGUUGAAGGAAAAUACAUCUAUGUCCACAAAGCAGUUCUCAAAAUUAGGUGUGAACACUUCAGGUCGAUGUUCCAGUCUCACUGGAAUGAGGACAUCAAGGAGGUGAUUGAAAUAGAUCAGUUCUCCUAUCCAGUCUACCGCUCCUUCCUUGAGUUUCUCUACACAGACAACGUGGAGUUGCCUCCUGAAGAUGCUAUUGGCCUGCUGGAUCUGGCCACAUCAUAUUGCGAGAACCGACUGAAACGUCUGUGUCAACACAUCAUCAAGAGGGGAAUCACUGUGGAAAACGCCUUCUCCCUGUUGUCUGCUGCUGUGCGCUACGAUGCUGAGGACCUGGAAGAGUUCUGCUUUAAGUUUUGUGUAAACCACCUGACUGAGGUGACCCAGACUGCUGCUUUCUGGCAGAUUGAUGGCAAUCUGCUCAAAGAUUUCAUAUGUCGAGCCAGUCGCUGUGGAGCCUUCAAAAACUGACCUCGACCAGAGUUGAUGAUGGGAACAGAUGCAGGGGAUGCUGCAGGACCCCCAGGGGGGGAUUUCUCCGGGUAUGUCAUUGUCUCAAGUCAAGUGCAUAUACGUUCACAGAUGUUUGAAAUGUGGAAAACUGUUGAUCAUUACCAUCACUGUCAAGUUUGUAUACAUAAUGAAGUUACAAGCUGACAGGCAACAUGACAUGGGGCAGUUCCAGGAACUGUUUCUCACAGUGCCUUAACUGUAAAUUUACACAUAUUGUGUAAAGUAGGAGAUCAAAUGUAUUGAGAAGCUCUGUUGCUUAAUGAAGUUUUAGAAUUUUACCAUUUAAGGAUUCUUGCCAGUUACUGGAUUUCCCUUUUUCUGUUUUUUUUAUUCUUAAGUGACCAAGUUACUUCCAACAUUGCACUUGUGUUUGGUUUUCGGGUUGAGUCUAUUUGCACUUAAAGGUAUGAUGAUGAAACAACAAUCUGACUGAAUACUGACAUAUCAUAAAUGCUGCAGCAUCCAAAGCCUCAUUAAGUCUAUUUAGGUCAACCUCAAGUCAGGGAUUAUUAUUCCUCAGUGGCUUCCACAGCUUAUCUUCAGUCUGUUGGUAAAAUGACACAAACAUGGGGACUUGGGUUACAAAUGUGGAUCAGAACAGUCUACUUCAGUCUUAAAUUGUGCAUUUCUUAGGCCAGAUUGCAUUACUGUGGGCAGCUACAGCUCCACAAUGUAAAAAGCUUCUUUUUUUUUUCUUUCUGAGUCUAUUUUUUCAUGUACAAAAGUUUGGUUUGAUGGUAAUGGACAGUUAAACUGGUUUUUAAUGCCUCUAUUCAUGUGUUGGCAGUAAACCAGACAAGUUUAAGGCUUGUGGUCUUUUGCUUUGUUUAGUUCUGAUUUUUUUUUUUCCUCCAUCCGGUUGAAAUAUCUGAUGUUUACUGAGAAUAUUUACAGUAUUAUCAUUUGUAAAGUUGUUUGCUAUCUGCACUACUGCUGUGAGUAUUCUGAAGAAUAUAUUUACUAGUUUAUACGAAGGAUGUUGUAAAUGAGAAAUUGUGUCUUCUGAUACUGAGUAUUAUGAAGUGCCAGUUAAAUUUUAUGAUGUGAAUGCAAAUAAAGACUUUGA